UGGCGCGUGGAGGGGAAAUGGCUGCCGAAAACAUGCCAGAAGAUGAUCAUGGGAACAGCAAUGGAAGUCAUGUAAAAAUCUUUUUACCGAAAAAGCUGCUUGAAUGUCUACCAAAAUGUUCCAGUUUACCAAAAGAGAGGCACCAUUGGAACACUAAUGAGAGAUCUUGAUGCAGCCGACCUUUUGGAUUUCUUUUUAAUAAUGUGUGACCCUUUACCUUUGAUCCCUUGACCUGCAUUAUCUUGGUAACCAUUUAAUUUUUAAAUUAAUUUAAC